AUGGCGUUAGAUACAUUCCUACUUACCUACAGAACCACACCAAAUCUGAAUACGCCAGAUGGAAGAUCACCUGCGGAGCUGAUGUACAAUCGUCAGCUCAGAACAUCGGUGGAACUUCUACGUGUACCGCACAACCAAGCACCACCAAUGCAGACUCAAGCCAAUCCUACCGUUUACGCCAAAGUGUACGUCAACAAUAAGUGGACUUGGGCGCCAGGCACGGUAGUGGAAAGGAUCGGCUGUGUAAUGUACAACGUAUGGGUCGAUAAUAGGAAGUUGAUCCGUUCUCACAUAAACCAGUUGAAGAGCAGAGAUGCAAUGACCCAUCGAGGAAACAAGAAACAAAGUAUACCGCUAGACAUUCUGCUGAGUGAGUGCGACGUGAACACACCUGCAGUGAUGCGUACUCCAGUCCCCUCACCGGAACACCGAUUGGAACCAUCGAAUCGGACGUCGUCCGGUUCGAAAUAA